AUGCCAGAAAUGAAAAGUUUGAACCAAGUCAAUUCUCUACGCCUGGAGCUUGUUGCUGGAGCGGGUGGUGAAGAAGCGGGUUUAUUUACUCGAGAUCUUUUUAACAUGUAUCUUAUUUUGGCCUCGAGUUUUGGAUGGGGGCUAAGGGAUGUCAAGCUGGUCUCUAUGAGCGGUUCUUCUUCUAGUGCUGAAGUUGCCAAUUUGCAAGAUAUUUCUUUUGAAGAAAAUUCCGUUCAAUCCUGUGUGUCAUCAAGCCUUUUGCAAUCUCAGCUCGCUAAUGCUGGAGCCCUCACUUCCGCCAAAGUUAUAUUGAGUGGGACUUGUCUCCUUGCAUCUGAGGCCACUCAGCUCGGAAGCAAAGUAAACAUUUCUUCAUCUGAAAUUUUCGAUGAAAUUGGCUUGCUACCUUUGGACCCCGUGAUCUUAUUUCAGCCCUUCUCACUUUAUCAAUUAUUCAAAUACGAAGCCGGUGUGCACCGAGUUCAGCGGAUCCCUUCCACAAGCCGACAGAACAAAAUACAUACGAGUACUGUGGCCGUAGCUGUGCUUCCUGUUUUUGAUGAGGUACCUAUAUAG